AUGUGCGGGGCCACCUUCGGAAAGACAGGAAGACACAACAGGUCAAAGGUGUGCCACGUCCCGUGCACCCGAGUCAACUGCACGAGAGAGAAGCGAGGUGCUGGGAGCAGCGGCAGCAACAGAAACGCCAGCGAUAGGAUGGCCUUCCCGACACCAGUAUUAAGCGGCACCUUGGGGUUCUUCUUCGGGUGCCUCUUCUUGCUAGGGAUUAUGAAGGCUGGCCAGCUCUCUGGCAGUUUGUCCAAGGAUAACACGGGGAUUGGCUUCACGGUGGUCAUCACGUCCGCCUUCUCCAUGUGGUUGCUUUGGGCCAUGGCAUGGUUCCACCAAUGGCAUCCCUUGAUCACACCAGAGUUCCCGUGAGGACGCUCCGCCAGACCAAUCGCAUACCAGUGUAUGGACGACGUGACGUGAACAACCAGCGGGGCGUACGAGUGCGGCCAUCAAUCCUGGCAGCAGCAGGGGACGUUGUUUCUGCCGCUACACUGCUUCGUUUUUUUUUUUCGUUUUUGGUCCGCACUACGUUGUAGACACACGACGAUAGCGGUGGGUGGCGAAUGGGCAAUCGGAGGCGGACUAUUCGAAGCACGUGCGUGCGCUCUUUUUUGCCGCAUGGGAGGCCUGGUUUCUUUCUGUCGAUAGUUGGAUCGGGAGAUCAGUCAGUCAAUGGCGGGAGAUGACACAACCAGUGAAGUUCUUCCCAUUCCCCCCCCCAAAUGCCGUGAAGAAGCUGAACGAAAACCUUGGUUUUCUCCGCUGCGGCAAUGGCUGGUGGUGGUGGUUUG